CGCGGCUGCCGCUGCCCUGGGGAUGGGCGGAGCCCCAGCCGCUAGUGCUGGUGGCCUCCGCCGCUGCCGGAGCCAGAGUCCGAGCCCGAGCCACCUCUGCUCCCUCGCGUCGCUGCUUCCCGGGGCGGCGGUAUGCUGGGGAAAGGGGUAGUUGGUGGUGGCGGCGGCACCAAGGCGCCCAAGCCGUCCUUCGUGUCGUACGUGCGCCCGGAGGAAAUUCACACAAAUGAAAAGGAAGUAACGGAGAAGGAAGUAACACUUCACUUGUUGCCAGGUGAGCAGCUGCUUUGCGAGGCCAGCACAGUUCUGAAAUAUGUCCAGGAAGAUUCCUGUCAGCAUGGGGUCUACGGGAGACUGGUCUGCACAGACUUCAAGAUUGCUUUCUUGGGGGAUGAUGAAUCUGCGUUGGAUAAUGAUGAAACUCAAUUUAAGAAUAAACUUAUAGGAGAAAAUGACAUUACACUUCACUGUGUUGAUCAAAUUUAUGGAGUAUUUGACGAGAAAAGGAAAACUCUCUUUGGACAAUUGAAGAAGUACCCUGAGAGACUCAUCAUCCACUGCAAAGACCUGCGAGUGUUUCAUUUCUGUCUGAGGUACACAAAGGAAGAAGAAGUCAAAAGGAUUGUCAGUGGCAUAAUUCAUCAUACUCAGGCUCCUAAGCUACUUAAACGAUUGUUUCUGUUUUCCUAUGCAACUGCUGCACAAAACAAUACAGCUGCUGAUCCCAAGAACCAUACAGUAAUGUUUGACACGCUGAAGGACUGGUGUUGGGAACUGGAGCGGACCAAAGGCAACAUGAAGUACAAAGCAGUGAGUGUCAAUGAAGGCUAUAAAGUCUGUGAGAGGUUGCCAGCAUACUUUGUUGUCCCCACCCCUCUUUCUGAAGAGGAUGUGCAACGAUUUCAGGGUCAUGGCAUACCAAUAUGGUGUUGGUCCUGCCACAAUGGAAGUGCCCUUUUGAAAAUGUCAGCACUGCCCAGAGAACAGGAUGAUGGCAUUUUACAAACCCAGAAGAGCUUCUUGGAUGGCAUUUACAAGACCAUCCACAGGCCACCCUAUGAAAUUGUUAAAACUGAAGACCUGUCAAGCAACUUCCUAUCGCUGCAGGAAAUCCAGGCUGCCUACUCUAAAUUCAAACAGCUGUUUCUGAUAGAUAACAGUGCUGAAUUUUGGGACACAGAUAUAAAAUGGUUUUCUCUGUUGGAAAGUAGCAGCUGGCUUGAUAUAAUCAGACGUUGCCUGAAAAAAGCAAUAGAGAUCACAGAAUGCAUGGAAGCACAAAACAUGAACGUUCUUCUUUUAGAGGAGAAUGCAUCUGACCUCUGCUGCCUCAUUUCCUCUCUGGUGCAAGUGAUGAUGGACCCCCACUACAGAACCAGGAUUGGCUUCCAGAGCCUUGUCCAAAAGGAGUGGGUCAUGGGUGGCCACUGUUUCUUGGAUCGCUGCAACCACCUCCGCCAGAGUGACAAAGAAGAGGUUCCUGUGUUCCUGCUUUUCCUAGAUUGUGUCUGGCAGCUGGUGCACCAGCAUCCCCCAGCAUUUGAAUUCACAGAGACUUACCUGACUGUCUUGUCAGAUAGCCUGUACAUACCAAUUUUUAGCACCUUCUUCUUCAAUUCACCUCAUCAAAAAGAUACGAACGUGGGUAGGGAAAGCCAGGACAUACAAAGCAAGCCUUUGAGUCUGCUCACCGUGUGGGACUGGUCUGUACAGUUUGAACCCAAAGCCCAGACAUUGCUCAAAAACCCUCUCUAUGUGGAAAAGCCAAAACUGGACAAAGGCCAACGGAAAGGAACACGUUUCAAACAUCAACGACAACUUUCUUUGCCACUCACGCAAUCUAAGUCAUCUCCCAAACGAGGAUUUUUCAGGGAAGAAACAGAUCAUUUAAUUAAAAACCUUCUGGGCAAGAGAAUUAGCAAACUUAUUAAUUCUUCUGACGACCUGCAAGACAACUUCCGCGAGUUCUAUGACAGCUGGCACAGUAAGCCCACUGAUUACCACGGCUUGUUGCUGCCCCACAUAGAGGGCCCAGAAAUCAAAGUCUGGGCCCAGCGCUACAUGCGAUGGAUUCCAGAAGCCCAGAUUCUAGGUGGUGGCAGAGUGGCCACUAUGAGCAAACUCUUGGAAAUGAUGGAGGAAGUGCAGAGCUUACAAGAGAAAAUUGAGGAAAGGCACCACAGCCAGGAGGCGCCCCAGGCAGAGGCCCCCUGCCUGCCCGUUAACUCUGCCCGCCUGUCCUCUUUGUUUCCUUUUGCAUUGCUGCAGCGACACUCCUCUAAGCCUGUCUUACCCACCAGUGGCUGGAAAGCUUUGGGAGAUGAGGAAGACUUGGCCAAACGAGAAGAUGAAUUUGUGGACCUAGGGGACCUGUGACCUGUCGUGAUUGUGAAAGAGGAGUGUGGGAGAUUGGGACAACUGAUCCCUGGAUUGGAGUCACGCUACAGGUAGUAGCUGUAGGACAGUCAUUCGCCCAGCGCUCUGUUGGGGUAAAUCUGGGCUUUCAGGAAA